GCAGAGCCCGGUGUCCGGUGUCAGUCAGCAGCUGUUGAGACCAUGAACGGUAGGACCGAGACAGCGAAGACAACACACCCAGAAUAACCGCGUGCAGACCCGGAACAGACCCAGUCCAGAGACAGCGCAGACCGGACCGGAACCUGCAGGGAGAGCCGCAGCUUGAGCUAAUCGGCUAACAGGCUAACAGCAGACCGUCAGCUGUUAUCUAACGGAGCUAACGGACAGGCCACUGACUCACCACGCUGCACCGCACUCACGCCCUCUGACCCGGGUCAGACUGUGGACCUCCAGUCCACCGGACUAUCUUCAGGUUUCACCGCCGGUUUCUGGUGCGUUUCAGUCGGCUAACGGAAGGUAACGAGCUAACUGACGGAGCACCGCAAGUCCAGCCGGGAUACACCGCUCUGACCCGGUUCGGUUCGAGGACCGGGAGCCAGGAUGUUGAUAGCGGUCAGCGCUGGAACAGGAAGCUCUGCCGGCACCGGCAAGAAACACCGACGCAGAGGGAAGAAGCACCGGAGAGUCCGACCAGAUGAGAACCGGCCUGAUGACCUCCCUGACCUUCAGAGUCUGAAUCCAGACAGCAGCCUUCCCCCCAGUACGCCACAGACCUGCCCCCAGGAUGCUCCAAAAAACACCACAUCAUCAGGAAGUCCACAUCCAGAGGAUCUCCACAAAACCACCACAGAGCCCCGGCAACCCCCCCUCCACACCACCAUGUUAUUCACAGACACCACCACUGGGCACCUCCAGAGUGUCCCCCGGACCUCCUUACCACCCCUCCAGACCACCUGCCCCUCCCCCGAUGCAGUAGAUAACCCUGUAGUGCCCCUGGUACAUCCUGAACCUACCCUCCAGAUUUCCCCGCUACCCUCUUUAAACCACCCCCUGACAGCACCAGUGACUCCUCAGAUCUUCACCCAAUCACUUCCUGCCACAUCUCAAAGUCCCGCCCACAGUCCCAGCCAAUCACCACCCUCUGUAAAUCAAAAGAUUACCCAGAAUUCCUCCAGACUGCCUUACAGAACUCUGCAGAACGUCACUCCAGAUGUUCCUGAGACAGAUCCCUGUGAAUCACCUCCAUCCUUCCCCCACAGUGUUACCCACGAUGCACCUCAGUCACCCUCAGCAUCUGCCUCUCAUCCUGCCAAAGCCUCUCCCACACCUCCAUUAAGCCCCUCCCACCCUGAUCCCUUCCUGUUGACCUCAGUGACCUUCACCUCCAGUGUCUCCUCCCACCUCUACUCCCCCCUCUGCUCCUCCUCCGCCUCCUUUUUCCGCUCCUUUGACUCUCUGGGUCCUCCCAUUGGUCUGCCUCCUAUGAUGUCAUCAGCCACCCAACAGCUAACCGUGCCCCCUUCAGCUCUGAGCCCACCCCCUCCUGAGUUAACCCCACCCCCCACUCAGCUGCUGGGAUCAGAUGAUGAAGAACAGGAAGACCCAUCAGACUAUUGCAAAGGUGGUUACUACCCGGUUAAGAUCGGUGACCUGUUCAACGGGAGGUACCACGUGGUCCGAAAACUGGGCUGGGGACAUUUUUCUACUGUCUGGCUCUGCUGGGAUCUACAGAAGAAAAGGUUUGUGGCUCUGAAGGUGGUAAAAAGUGCCCCACAUUACACUGAGACAGCUCUGGAUGAGAUCAAACUGCUCAGAUGUGUGAGGGACAGCGAUCCCUCCGACCCCUACAGAGAAACCAUCGUCCAACUGAUUGAUGACUUCAAGAUCUCUGGAGUAAACGGAGUCCAUGUCUGUAUGGUUCUGGAGGUUUUGGGUCAUCAGCUGUUGAAGUGGAUCAUCAAGUCAAACUACAUGGGGCUUCCUCUGGUCUGUGUGAAGACCAUCAUCAGACAGGUGCUUCAGGGUCUGGACUACCUUCACACCAAGUGUAAGAUCAUUCACACUGACAUCAAACCAGAGAACAUCUUACUGGACGUGGACGAGGUUUACAUCAGGAGGUUGGCAGCUGAGGCGACCAUCUGGCAGAGAGCCGGAGCCCCGCCCCCUUCAGGAUCAUCAGUUAGCACGGCUCCCAGGGAUCUACAGGUUGGUAAACUGUCAAAGAACAAGAAGAAGAAGUUGAAGAGGAAAGCAAAGCGUCAGCAGAGACUGUUGGAGGAGAGACUGAUGGAUAUACAGAGGAUGGAGGAGGAGGACGGAGUGUACCAACCUGACGACACAGACAGUAACUGCUCGCUGGUUGUCAACGGCAACACCACCUGCUCCACAGCCAAUAGUAAAGCAAGUCCAGAGUCCACCGGCUCCUGGCUGGAGGACAGGUGUAAUGGCCACGCCCCUGGUCGUUUCUCCAGCCCCGCCUCCGGCCUAUCAGGUUUCUCCAGCUCUGUGAUGUCAGCGACAUCUGAGUCAGCACUUUCUACUCAGUCAGGAUACUCGAGUGGACGAGAUGUGUUCAGUGCAUCAGAUUUCGUCCUCAGUCCUCUGGAUCCUCAGAACGCCGACAAACUGAAAGUGAAGAUUGCUGAUCUGGGAAACGCCUGCUGGGUGCACAAACACUUUACAGAGGACAUUCAGACCCGACAGUACAGAGCUCUGGAGGUUCUGAUUGGAGCAGAGUAUGGACCACCUGCUGACAUCUGGAGCACUGCCUGCAUGGCAUUUGAGUUGGCGACAGGAGAUUAUCUGUUUGAGCCUCAUUCAGGAGAAGAUUACACCAGAGACGAAGAUCACAUUGCUCACAUCAUCGAGCUGCUCGGCCCGAUUCCUCUGCCCUUCGCUCUGUCUGGCAGGUACUCCAGAGAGUACUUCAACAGGAGAGGUGAGUUGCGUCACAUCUCCAGCCUGAAGCCGUGGGGUCUGUUCGAGGUUCUGUUAGAGAAGUACGAGUGGCCUCUGGACCAGGCGGCUCAAUUCAGUGACUUCCUGUUGACCAUGUUGGAGCUGCAGCCUGAACGCAGAGCGACGGCAGCUCAGUGUCUGCAGCACGCCUGGCUGCAGACGUAAACACACACACACACACACACACACACACACAGUCAGUGGUUGAGGAGUGUUAGAAAUGUCUCUGUCUCUCUGUGGUGAUAUUAUGUGAGGCGGAAAAAAGAAUAUAUUCAGGAAAAGAAUUUAAAGAGGAAAUUAUGUGAGAUGUUUGAGCUGAUAACGGAAGUUAAUCACUCAGCUGAUAAUAUCAGUCACAUGUUAAACCUCUCAGUCGUUACCAUGGUAACGUAGGCUGUCGCCAUUUCCUCAGAGACACCUUGGUGUCUGAGCUUGAAGCAUGGCUCAUUUCUUUGGCACCAUGUUUUAGAUGUUUCUGCUCAUGUUCAGGUAAAUCUGACACCACACACCUGAGCCGCUGACGUGAGGUGUUUAAGGAACAUCUGUGAAUCGUAGCUACAGCCACAGACUGUAGAUGAGACAGGAAACAUCUGGAUUCAGCCUCAGGUUUCUCCUCCCCUCUGACGUUUGACCUCCAUCACAUCACCACAGCGACAGCAGAUUUCACAUUACAACAUAUUGAGCUAAAAUCAGUCUGAGGGAAAAAGAAAAUGAUUUUAUUUAAAAUGAUGAAACAGGAAAAAAAAACUCAGUGUUUCUGUUCUCUGAUUCUCUGCUGAUUCUCUGAUGAUUUCUCUGAUUUCUGAAUUAAUUUCUGCUGAUUUCUCGUUUGUUUUGUUUUUUCUGCUGAAUUCACUUUAACUUUGUUCUUUGUCAUUUUUCUGAAUCUUCCUGUGACUUUCUGUUGAUUCAUGCUGAGUGGAACCUGUGAGAGGAUUAUUGAUUAUUGGUUAUUGAUUGAGGACUUCUAAGACCCCUGAACCUUCCUGAUGAUGAUGAUGAUGAUGAUGAGUUUUGGUUUAGAUGAGCACACUGUAGCUUCCUGACAGCAGCUGACCCUCUCACUGACUCUGACGACAGUAUUGAUCGUAUUGAUCACAGUAUUGAUCUCUGUAGCUGAAACUGAGUCAUUCUCAGAUGACCUCUGACCUCCUCACCUGUUCACCUGCUCUCACCUGUUUCUAUGUUCAUAUAAGAAAAUAGUGCCUUGCAAUGACCCUUGACGCCCGCCCCACGUCACAGUGACAGAGACAUAAAAAGUUUUUCUACAUGUCGUCUGUGUGGAACGUUUCUUCCUCUGUGAAAAUAAAGAUGAAUGAAAACUC